AUGAACGGGUACCUGGGGGUAGCCAAAGCUACACGAUCGAGCAGUGCGAGUCGGACUAGAUGCUGCCUGCGCAGGAAGACCAGCCAGGUCAGGUACGGCAGGGCCAAGGGUAGCCUGCGCCUGGACAGCGGUGCUGAAGCUUGGAAAUGGAGGGGUGUGAGCCGCGACAGGCUUGGGAUGUGGUGGAGCUCCAGCUGGGGGUUCCUGGUCGCCGUUCAUGGGGUGGCGCUGGUCAGCAAGGGUGUCGAUGGAUGGGUUGCUCGCCAGCAAGUGUCCCCUGCGCAUGCCCUUGUUGACAUGAACCCUAGGCACCAUCCGCUAAAGGUGUCAGGGGUUUCGGUAGGGGCAGCUAGUAGGGAUGGAUAAUCGUUGAAGGAGCGGAUCCAAUCACGAUAGUCAUGAUUCCGAGCAGCAAAAAGAUUUCCGUUAAUUGGAAGGACCUUUUAGCGGGCCGGUUAGUCUCAGGACUGGAGCGUUAUGGGCCAUGAGAAUUCUCCGGCUCGUUUCAAUUUAGCAUACAAAAAAGCUUGGAGAUUCGUGAUUCUUGUUGUUGUUAUUUAUGAACAUUUGUGAAAUCUUACAUGAAUUGGAUUGCAAAAAUAAGAAAAUAAGUCAAGAAGAAAGAAAGAAAAGAAAAAAAAAGAGAGCGCGUCCUCCGCCUCCAGGUGCACCUAUGCGAGACAAGCAUGGCGGCCACACCUUUGCAGGGCUCUCCAUUGAACAUUUGUAGAUCAAAAGUAAUGCCACUGACUGAAGGCCAAGAC